AUAGGGUACUUAUGUCUAAUACUAUAUUUACUAUUGAGUGUAAUCUGUGGAGUUUGUAAUAAAAAAAACAUUAUUGAAUUUAAUUAUUAAUAGAACAUUAUUCAAAUUAUUAAAAGCCAAACCGGAUAAAGCAAAAUCAAGGAUAAGUAAACGACAAGUAAUUUAACAUGCUUAUAUAAAAAUUGAACUUUAUAACAAUCAUUGGAAAUUAAGAUGCCUUUAAAAUAAAGUUCCACUGGUUAUUGACUAAUUUAUAGCCAUUAGGUAGAAUUACAUUAAAACACUAUGUUUCAAAUAAAGUUAUUAACCAAACCUGCUAUAGUAGGUGCUCGAUAUAUGAAACGAUUGUCACCGAAAGCUAAUACAGCUUUCGAUUCAUUAAAUUACUGUGCUGACAUUGUAAGACAGUAUGAUUAUGAGAACUAUUUGGCAACUCUUCUUUUGACAAAAGCUAUACGCUCACCAGCAUUGGUAAUAAGAGCAUUCAAUGUAGAAGUUGCAAGAGUGCAAGAUCAAACAACUGAUCCACAAAUAGCAACAAUGAGGUUGCAAUUUUGGCAAGAUUCCCUCAAUAAAAUAUUUCAAAAAUCUGUGGACAAAUCAACAAUACCUGCCAAUCCUGUUAUUCAACAAUUGUUUAAAGUUUGUCAAAGUUAUAAAUUACCCCAAAGGUAUUUAGAACGAUUAAUUACAUCUAGAAGCAAUAUAUUAAAAACCAAAUACUUUAGAACAAUUGAAGAUAUAGAGAAGCACUCUGAAAAUUCAGUGUCAUCAAUUUACUAUCUACUACUAAGCGUAGCUGGAAUAACUAAUGUGCAUGUAGAUCAUGCUGCCUCACAUUUAGGGAAAUCUCAAGGACUAGCGAAUAUACUAAGGUCCAUCCAUGUGUCUAACCAUCACAAGAUGGUAACAUUACCAAUGGACAUUUUAAUGAAAUAUAAAAUAAGUCAAGAAUCAAUAUUAAGAGGAAUUGAUAAUGAAGCUAUGCGUAAUGUUGUUUUUGAAGUAGCAAGUAGGGCAAACAGCCAUUUGCAAAAAGCUAGAGCUAUAGAAAUACCAAAAAUUGCAAACCAGAUUUUCCUACCAGCAAUUGGUGUCGAAAUUUAUCUAACAAAAUUGCAGAAAAAUCAUUUUAACAUAUAUGAUACUUCAUUACAAAAGAGGAACUCUACUUUACCAUUUAGUUUAUAUUUUAAGAGGCUUCUUAAUAAAUAUUAGGAAAAUAAUUACAGAAAUGUUACAUUGGGUUGAAUAUUAUUUUAAAGAUGUGUAAAAGCAUGUUAGUAAUAUUUUAAUCAUAAUUGAUUUGUAAAAUUAAUUGAUUAAUCAAGCAAGCAAUACUAUGUGCAUAAUUUAUUUAUUUUCCUUGUAUUUUCUAAUGUAGAUUCUGUAGAAAUAAUUUUCGUAAAAAAAAAAUAGACAGGUGUUGCAGUGAAUAAAACAAUUUUAGAAACAA